CGUUCGACGCGCAGCGACGCAGCCGCUGUCCGCGCUUCUGCUCUCCGAUAUUUCCGACGGGUUCUCUCUCCAUGGAGAUGGAGUAACUGCGAAUAAAUUGACAGGGAGAGAGUCCGCGAGUUGUACGCGAACGGGCGUACUACGCCCAGAGAAAUAUUCUACUCGGGAAUUCCAGCAAGACAUCGAGCGAUAAAAUGGACGAAGCGAAAUUUCUGAAGAGGAAAGUGAGAUCCGGGACGUUGGACGUCCACCCAACGGAGAAGGCUCUCGUGGUGAAUUAUGACGUCGAGGCAUUGAUAUUGGGGGAACUGGGAGAUCCCAUGCUUGGUGACCGCAAGGAAUGCCAGAAGAUAAUCAGGCUGAAGAGCUUGAACGCGGACACGAAUGUUUCUCUCUUGGCGAAGGAGGUGAUGGAAAAGUGCUCGUUGAUACACGAAUCCAAGUUGCACGAGGUCGAGCAGUUGAUUUAUUAUCUACAAAAUCGUCGGACCAAUGACAUCGGCGCAGGUAGCGGUAGUAAUUCUCAGCCGCCAAGACCGGCGUCGACGAAUUCAAUGAUCACGGAGAAUAGCGAGAUUGAACGUGCGGUCAUUAGUAACGUCGACAGUUACAUCGAGUUAUUGUACGAGGAAAUACCGGGCAAGAUUAAAGGUUCAUCGUUAAUUUUACAAUUAGCGAGGGUACCUGACAAUCUUUUGGAAUUGACCAAAAAUGAAUCAUUGUUAAGUGCAUUAGCUCGAGUCCUGAGAGAGGAUUGGCGGCGCAGCAUAGAAUUGUCUACGAACAUCAUUUAUAUUUUCUUUUGCUUCUCAACGUAUAGCCAGUUUCAUAAUAUUGUGCUCGAAUACAGAAUUGGCUCUCUUUGUAUGGAUGUAAUCGAUUUUGAAUUACGUCGCUAUGACCAGUGGAAGGAGGACAUGGAGAAACGCCGGAAACAAUUUGAGAACACCACCGGUCUAACGUUUUUCCCGGCGAGCAAUAAUGACAAUUGUGAUAGGAAGAUCAGGAUCAUCGACGAUAUUUGGAAUAUGGAGGGUCCGUUGGAUUAUGAGGUGAAGAGACGAUCUGCGGAGGUAUCUGUGACUGUAUCCGAGAGUGACGUUAAGAAGCUGAAGGAGGAACUUGAGAAAAGUCGCAAGAAGUUCAAGAGUUUGACCAAGAAGCAAGAGCAGCUGCUGCGAGUUGCAUUUUAUCUACUCUUAAAUAUUGCUGAGAAUGCUAUGGAAGUCGAAAGGAAAAUGCGUAAAAAGAAUGUCAUCGGUAUGCUGAUUAAAACGUUAGACAGGACGAAUACUGAUCUGUUGAUCCUGGUUGUCACAUUUUUGAAGAAACUAUCGAUCUUUCGCGAAAACAAAGAUCUUAUGGCAGAAGAAAAUAUUAUAGACAAAUUACCGAGGCUCUUACAAAACAAUAAUCCCGAUCUUAUAUUAAGUACCUUAAAAUUGUUAUUUAAUCUCUCUUUCGAUGCUAAAUUGAGAGCCAGAAUGAUUAGAGUUGGUAUGUUACCAAAAUGGAUAAAAUUGCUUAGCCAAGCUGACAUAAAAAAUAAGAGCACGAUUGUGGGACUACUCUAUCAUGCAAGUAUGGACGACAAAGUGAAAGCAAUGUUCACAAAUACAGAUUGCAUUCCUAUGAUAACAAACAUGAUAUUAAAUUCCGAGGACGAACACGUAAGAUCUGAAUUAAUAGCGCUCGGCAUAAAUUUAGCCAUCAACAAUAAGAAUGCGCAACUGAUGGUGGAAAACAAUCGUUUGCAAGGUCUUAUAAAAAUCGCAUUUAGAAAUCAGGACGCCCUCGUGAUGAAGAUGAUUAGAAAUAUUUCCCAGCACGAUUCGACGAAAGAAAACUUUGUCGAAUUUGUCGGUGAUUUCGCUAUGGCCCUGACUCAGUCUGAUUCUCAAGACUUUGUACUGGAAGUAAUCGGCGUGUUAGGCAAUUUAGAAUUGCCUGAUUUGGAUUACUCUCAAAUCAUUCAACGCUGCAAUCUUAUACCAUGGAUACGUAAUAAUCUGGUUCCAGGUAAGGCACAAGAUGAUAUAGUUCUUGAGAUUGUCAUAUUUCUGGGUACUGCAGCUUACGAUGAAGAUUGUGCUCGUUUGUUAUGUAAAGCUGAUAUACUUCUCUCUCUUAUCGAACUCCUUAAAGCCAAACAAGAGGAUGAUGAAAUGGUUUUGCAAAUUAUUUAUGUUUUUUAUCAAAUUGCAAAACAUGAUUCGACCCGAGAUUAUUUGAUUCGCGAGACUGGUAAUGAAGCCCCGGGAUAUCUAAUCGAUCUGAUGCACGACAAAAAUCCUGCAAUUAGAAAAGUCUGUGAUACGUGCUUAGAUGUUAUUGCCAUGUGCGACAAGAAUUGGGCGGCCCGCAUAAAGGUGGAAAAGUUCCGAUCGCACAAUCAGCAAUGGCUGGAAAUGGUCGAGUCUAUCGGAACAGAUUCAAUCAAUCAUAUGCUACCGGACGAUGACGAUAGUCUAUCUCCGUUCAUUAGCGGUGACCUACUAAAACAUACUAUAUUAUUUCCCUCUGGUAACGCGGCGUCAUUUAAUGCGGAUGACGGAUUUUCAACUAUGAAAAAUUCAUCGGAAUCAUCUGAAAAUCCCAGUCGGCCUGUCAGUAGGUAUCGAGAUCUCGACGAAAUAGGCGAACUCGUGGCUCGUUCUAAGUCUCGCAUGUCCGUUGCUUCAGGUAUAGAGGAUUUGUAUUAUAAUUCUAGAAUGAAAUUCGGUGAUUCGGAUUCCCACAUUUUAAUCUGAAGAUUAAUUCAAACGUUCUGAUAUAGAUAUGUGACUUAACUUUUGACAAAAGAUGCCUAGGAUAUUUUUCAUUAUGUUAACGUCAUAUAUAUGUUCGAUGUAAAAAAAAAAAAACAAAGAAACGUUUGCUACUAUUUACAGAGACAUGCCUGCUUAAACUAAAGAUUUGAUUAUAUAUAGACUGCUUUGAUCUCAUAGUCAAAUAUCUUAGUUUAGCCUUUUAUUUUUUUACGUAUUAUCUUUUUACAUCUUAAUUUAUUUAUAAGUGUCCGCUUUACACUGAUGCGCAUAAUUUUAUUACGUUGCAAAAUAAUAGUAUUAAGUUUAUUCGAAUUUAUCUUGCGAUAGGCUUUGAGGCAGUCAAAAUAGUGUGGUAAUGUAUAUGUGGUUAAUGUAAAAUUAGUAUUUAUGAUAGUUCAGAGGUCUCUCGUAGUAUUUAUAUUGUUAAUAUCGGUUAAUAAAAAGACAAGUGGUGUAUGAAAAUACCGAACAGUUUAGAGCAACGGUAGAGAUGGAAUUACCUAUAUUCUGAGAGUGAAACGUUUUCUUAUUCAUUGCGUGCAGAAUAUUGUGCAAUAAAUAUAGCGUAUUUAACUUCUAUAUAUAUCUUUUUCACUUUCUUUAGAGACUAAUCAAAUAUGUGUACAUUCUGUGUUGUCUUUCAUUUUUCAUUGCACCUCUUGUCCCUUCGUUAUUAACUUAUCACAUUUAUAUUAAAUGUAAGAUGGUAUUUUACUAUAUCAACCAAAUGCAUGACUUAUAGCCAUCAAUUACCCUCUACGUGAUAAAAUAAAAUUAUGAUUGAAUCUCGUA